AUGGCCUUUUCUACAGUUUUGGUCGUGAAAGAUCCAGCCAGAAACGACUACGCCCGUUUCUUCGAGGCAGUGUUCACCCACAUUCCAGCUUCGCUUCCUGGAAUCGACGUUUUGGUGCUUCUGCCGGUGAAACAGACCAAAGAGCUUAACUAUGUGCUUGCCAGGCUCUACGACCAGUUACGUGGGUACGCUAACAAGAGGGAGUUUUCGUUUAAGUUUGAAAUAACCGUGCUUUUGGAGUCGCCCAGGGAUGACUGGGACGUGGCGUUUGUGCCGCUGCUGGAGGCUGGCGAUGUGGAUGUGGCUGAUAAGGUGAUACCGUUGGAAGGUGACAUCACCAGGGUUGAACCACCUAGUUUCGAGUCUUUUGGCAGUCGCCAGUUUCUGGUAAGUGCUGUGGGUGGCACGUUUGAUCAUCUUCACGAUGGACAUAAGAUCUUGUUGCUGGCAGCUGGGUUCGUUACGCUGAAACACCUUAUUGUGGGCGUGACGGGGCCUCAGAUGCUCUUGAAGAAGAAGUAUGCUGAAGUGAUGGAGCCAAUUGGACAGAGGAUCAAGGCGGUGACGAAGUUUUUACAGCAGAUCUUGCCGCCUUCGGUGACGUUUGCUAUUUACCAGAUUGACGAUGUCUGUGGGCCUACUGGGUUUGUUAAGGAUAUUGAUGCAUUGAUAAUCAGUGAGGAAACGAGAAAGGGUGCUGAUUUCGUUAAUGAUUAUAGGCAGAAACAGGAUUUUCCUGUGUUGGAGGUGGUUUCGGUGGAUGUUCUUGGUGCUACGGGUAAGGAGGACGAGAACUGGGAAGGUAAAAUCAGCUCUACUGGCGUCAGGGAAGAAGAGGUCAAGAGAUUGGCCAAGAGACAGAAACGUCAUUGA